GAUAUUUUAUCCAUUUGACUAAUCAGCAGCAGCAUUGCUUCGAAAAAUAUAGUUUCGCGUGCUGCAAAGAUUUCCAAACAGGAGCAACGAUCCAAGGUAAAACAAAGAUACGCGAUAAGUCCCGCCCUCUAAAGUCGAAGGAGAAUAUAACGAUGCAUAGGAACUGGCGGUCCCUACUCGCAAACGGGACGGGUUUUCUUUUUACGGCACCCUUGGGAUCUCUAUAAGUACGAGAGCUUCGAGUCGAUCCUCGUCCAGAAAUAAAGGAGCAUUUCAAAGUGUACGGGCAGAAAUCUCGUAUCCGCCAUGUUCAGAUUCAUUCUUUUUGUUCUUGUACUUGCGAGCGCGAGCGCGGCUCCAACCUUGCCACCGGUUGCUAGCAGUGGAUCCUCGGAAAUAUCUGCACCGUCGUCAAAGCCCGCAACGUUGGACGAUCGUUUGACGUCGUCGUCGUCGGGAUUGCCUCCGUCAUCGUCGCCUAUGGUACGACCUUCUGCCUCGUCCGGCAAAGCUCUGUCUACGAUAUCCGAACUAAGGACUCCAGCUUCGACCACGAAAUUGACGCAGUGGGUGGCACCACCCCUGGUGUCACCGAUAGCCGCGGCGCCCAUUCUCUCGCCUCUGCAGGUCUCGCCGUACGCUUACGCCGUUCCAGCUCUGGGCCCUCUCGAACUAGCAGCAGCGCCGUCCACUUACUCGAUCGAGCAGCACGGGUAUCGCAUUAUCUACUGACGUCUCGGAUCGUGAAGCAACACCGUCUUCAGGCGGUAAAUCGACGAACCUGUACGACACCGACUUCUCACCGUCCAUUUUCAUGUAUCGUGUAUCGAUA